AAUAUAAUUUAUGUAAGAUUUAUUACGACAAAAUCAAUGUCAGACAUUGAAAUUAUUAUUACAAAGUAUGCUAUUCAUAUGCAGGUUAAAUUAUUCUGGAAGUCGGAAAUGUGGUCACAGACGACGCAAAAUACACGCGACGCAUAACAUAAUUUGAGAAUAAUAUUGGCCAUAAAAACCAGAGAUUAAACCAUAGGAUUAAACUGUGUGUGUACAACAAUAUCUUCGCCUUCGCUGUUACAUGCUACAAAUAAGCCCAUGGAGCUUCAUCGACAGUUUAUUUGCCAAUAAACAGCAAGUUUGUAGCUUAUACAAUACAAUAAACUUGGCAGUUAAUUUGAAUAUUUUGCCCUUUUCGGAUGAUUUUAUGACCUCAACUGUCACCAAUCCUGGAUUAUUUUUGCAUGAUAAAUAAUGUUCGUCAUCCACGAGUAAUUUUUAAACGUAUUCACAAAUCGACAGUCAGUCUACGUGACGAGUUUGUUACAGAAACAUUAGAGUUACAUUUGCCUCCCUUGUGCAACAAUUUAUUUUAGAUUGACGACAAUGGAGAAAACGUUCAUUGUCGUGUCGAUUGUUUUUGCUGUCUUCUUAGUGUCAUCGACGGGGCUGAAACUGGAUGGCUGGACGUGGUCGCAUUCCAUGAAUGAGAAAUACCAACUCCAGACGACAAUAAAUUUAGAAUUAGAAAUGGUCGUCUUUCGCAUAACGUUGUCCAUUCCUCCAGAAACCGAUCAAUGGGUUGGGCUUGGAUUAUCUUCAAAUUCUGGAAAGGCAAAUGCAGAUAUUGUGUUUGGUGUCAACACUGACUCGGGAAGCACUUUUAAGGAUUACUACACCUUAGAGGAUGGAAAAUUAUGGGAGGAUGAGGGUUCCACAGAUUUAAACUUUACGGAUUGGAAUAUGCCAGAUUUUAUCAAGUUUGAAAACGAGACUGUUAUGUCUCUGAAUAGAUCAUUCAAAGUCGACAAUUCGACGCAAGACAAGGAAAUCAAGGACGAAAAUAUUUACCUGAUUUGGGCGUAUGGAACGACUCAAAAUGAGACUCAUUCUCCUGAAAACGCCACAUGGGGACAUUACCAAAUUAAUUUGAUUCGGCCAAUUAUUCCAUCCAGUGCCAACAUCAGCGUUGUCUCCUUUAUUCUGAUAGCCGUAACACUUCUUGCAUCGUUAAAAAAUAUUGCUAUUUAUUAAAUUCUUCAUUCUGAUCCGCUUAAUUUAUAGUAAAGAAUACAAAUUUAUCUUAUUUGUUCAUUGGACUGGCUAAAAAUUAAUAAUAAAAUUCCUGACUUGAGUGUAACACUUGUUACGUAAAAGUA